UUGUGCUCAUUAAAACAUGACACCAACCACUAGCCAAGAAUGAGGAAACAAGCCAAAGCUUACACAGUACAACUGCAUUCUAAAAGUGAUGCGUGCAUUCUCAUGUGUCAGAAGGAGCUCCUUGUUUCCAGUAAGUUUAAAACUGGUUCAUCACUCAGGAGUUCGGAAUGUUACAAGCUGCCACACUUCUUGAUAGGUAACAUUAGUCACAAAACUUCAUGCUGAACCACUGUUAUAAAACAACAGUAUUUUUUUGUUUUUUAUACACUUGGACGAAAUGGCCUCUAAGCUGUGGACAAAGGAGGAAAUUAGCUGUCCAGUCUGUUUGAACACCCUAACAGAGCCUACAACUCUUCCAUGUGGACACAACUUCUGCCUCGACUGUAUCAGAAAAUGCUGGGAUGAGAGUGGUAGUAUCAGCAGCAGAAGCAACGCGGUUUCCUGCUGUCCUUACUGUCGAGAGACAUUCAGAUUGCGCCCCACACUGACUAAGAACUCAAUACUGGAAAAGAUGGUGGAGAAGCUAAAGACUACUUUACUCGAUACCUCUCCUGGGUAUGUGUACGAUGGGCCUGAAGACGUGGUGUGUGACGUGUGUACUCUUCUAGGGUCCGGGAGGAAGGCAAAGGCUGUGAGGGCCUGUCGGGAGUGUAAGCUGUCCUACUGCCAGUCUCACCUUAGAGCCCACCUGGAUAUCCUUCUGUUACAGAAGCACACUCUGGUGGGUGUGGUGGUCAAGGAGCUGCAACUGGAGAAGCUGUGUCCCCAGCAUGACAAACCGCUGGACUUGUACUGCAGACUUGAGAGGAGGUGUAUCUGUUCUCUGUGUGCAGUUGAGGAACACAAAAGCCACCAAACUGUCUCCGCUGAGACUGAACGGGCCAAGAAACAGGCACUGUUGGCAGUGGAACAGAUCAAAUCCAACAGUAAACUCCAGAUGAAAGAGGAGCUGCUGACACAACUGGGAGAUGCUGCGGGAUCUCUUAAAGGAUUUGCACAAGCUGCAGUGGAGGUCAGUGACAUGAUCUUCGUUGAGCUGAUCCACUCCCUAGAAAAGAGGAGAGCAGAGGUGAGGGACUCCAUCAAAGAUAGGGAGAAGACUCUGGCUGCUCAGGCAGCAAGAGCAGAGACACGACUGAGACAGGACAUAACAAUACUGCAAAGGAGAAACAGCGAUCUGGAGAAACUCGCCCAAACACAAGACAGCAUACUCUUUCUCCAGAGGUGGCAACCCAUCAGCCUGCUGCCGGAUCGUGAACCUAGUGUUAUCAGUGAAAGACAUUCAUUUGGAGCUGUGAUGUCAAUUAUCACUGAAUUCAAGGAGCUGCUUAAGGACAUGAAUGUUGACUUCUUAGAAAAGAUUAAACAAGCAGUUGCAAAUGUGGACAUUUUGGAAUCUCCAGUACCCAUGACCAAACCUCAGGGCAGGCAAGUGAGAAGAGCCCAUUCUGAAUGCCAGCCAAUGCCACCGGUGCCAUUGCAAAAAGCAUGGAGCAUAAGCAGAGAUUUCACAUUUGGAAUUCCUAAGACCAGACCCGACUUCUUACACUAUGCUUUUCAACUCACUCUAGACACUGAUACAGCACACCGCAACUUGUGCUUCUCUGACCAGAACCGCAAGGUGACUCUGGUCAAGUCCAGAGGUCAAUCCAGGACCAGGUCACGUCUCCCGAAGACCUUUGACUUCUGGGAACAAGUGCUGUGCUGGGAGGGCUUGACCGGUUCCCGUUACUACUGGGAGGCAGAUUGGAGAGGCAAAGGAGUGUUCAUUGGAGUGACCUAUGAGAGCAUUCAGAGGGGAGGCAGGGGACUAGCGUGUGGCCUGGGGUACAAUGUAAAGUCAUGGAGCUUACAGUGCUCUGACACCAGUUACUCAGCAUGGCACGAUAACAUUGAAACCAAGAUCACUGCCAAGGUCUCAUCCCCUAGAAUAGGGGUUUAUUUAGAUCACAAAGCAGGAAUUCUGUCUUUUUACAGCAUAUCUGACUCCUCCAUGAUUCUGCUCCAUAGUUUUUUGUCAGAGGACUUCUCAGAGCCACUGUAUCCUGGUUUUGGUGUUGGGGUACAAUCCUCGUUGAUACUUUGCCAAUUGGGGAGACAACGACAAUUGAGGACAUAGACAUGCCAAUCACUCUUUGCAACUGACUUGUAAGAUUGUUUCACAUAUUAUUAGGCUAUUUUGCAUUCAGAACGACAAUGAUCCCAAUCUGUAAUGUAUCAAAGUUUUGUAUCAAGCUGCUCAGUGCCAUAUUUGUUAUCCUUAGCUAUCCAAUCUUUUCUGAUCUACAAGUUCCAAGGGGUUAUGGGGGCUUCUGGACAUGGUAUCCCUCAUGGUGUUGAUCACAAGAAUGCUUUAGUAGUAACCACAGUUAAUAACUGUUACAUUCCGGUACAUAGAUACAUGGGAUUUAGAUAGCGCUUCCAAAGACCAAAAGGUGCCUUAUAUUAAUUUCAAAGAAACUAAAAUCCUAACAAAAACACAGCUAAAUUAAACCGAAGCAAAACAGGAAACCAAAAAAAGGCUGCUGAGAGAAUAGUCUAGU